CGAUCAUAUCUACCUGCACUGCAUUCCUCUGUGCUCGACUCUCCUGUAUCUUCCUUUCUCUGAAUCUCUGAUUCAUCUGAUGUUCAUUCAUUCAUUCGUCUGCUGCUGCACUGCACUCUGAUGCAGUAACUGCUGCUUAUUCUGAUCCUGCAAUGCUUCUGCUGAAUUCUGCAUGUAUCAGCUCAAUCUGAAGAGUUAAUUACGUUGUUUCUGGCGUUUCAUUUCCUGAAGUUGAUUUCCCGCCACAAAGUGCACACUAGUAGAGACGUUGCGAAAGAAUUUAAACCGAUCGAUCAGGCGGGGUGGCGCGAGCGAGUUCCCGCCACCACCAUGGGCGUCACCCGCGCGCACAUCGUGAAGAAUGACGCACUGGAGGGGAUGCUGGGCGAGUUCGUCGGCGGCGGCAAGGGCGGCGGGAAGGCGGGGCGCGCGGCGGCGAGGCACUCGUCGCGGCUGGUCGCGGCGCUGACGUGCCUCCAGCUCGCGUUCGCCAUCUACGCCACCUUCCUACUCUACUACAUGAGCCCCGCCGUGGACCUCCGCGCCAAGCCGGACUUCGCGUGGGCGACGCGCAUCGCGCAGCACUGGAAGCAGCUCAUGGCGCAGCCCGACGGCGGCGGCGGCGGCAUGGCGGUGUCGCCGGAGGAGGUGUGCGAGCACGAGAGCAUCGACUUCGAGCAGAAGAAGUCGACGGACGCCGUGAUGAUCCGCCUCAAGCGCGAGCUCUACGACGAGGUCCGCGACUUCCAGCGCCGGAGCUUCGGCGCCGAGACGCUGCCGGAGCUCCUCCGGAUGCGCUCGCGGUGGAGCGCCGCCGCCGCCGCCGCCGGCAAUCAGCCGCGGGUGACGGUGAUCCUGAACCACUUCAAGCGGCGGACGCUGUGCGCGCAGCUGGACACGCUCCGGCGGCAGACGGUGCCGUUCCACCGCGCCUGGGUGCUCGCCUUCGGGAGCCCGAACGAGGCGGCGCUCCGCCGGAUCGUCGGCAGCUACAACGACUCCCGCAUCAGCUUCGUCUCCUCCGGCCACGACUUCAAGUACUACGGCCGCUUCCAGAUGGCGCUGCAGUCGGAGUCCGACUUCGUCUACGUCCUCGACGACGACAUGAUCCCGGGCGCCCGCAUGCUCGAGAUCCUCACCCAUGUCGCCGGCACCGACAAGUACCGCAACGCCGUGCUCGGCAGCAUCGGCCGCAUCCUCCCCUUCCGCCAGAAGGACUUCACCUUCCCGAGCUACCGCAAGUUCCGCUCCAAGGAGGCCGGCCUCUACCUCCCCGACCCGGCGUACGACAUCGCCGUCGACCGCAUCGUGCAGGUGGACUUCCUCUCGAGCUCGUGGUUCCUCGCCGCCGACCUCGUCAAGGCGCUCUUCAUCGAGGUCCCCUUCACCUUCAUGACCGGCGAGGAUCUCCACCUGAGCUACCAGCUGCAGAAGUACAUGGGCGCCGGGUCGUUCGUGCUCCCCGUCGACGCCGGCGACAAGGAGACGUGGGGGGACAGCGAGCACCGCCUCGCGUACGUGGCGGAGACGACGGUGAUCUUCAAGGACAUCGUGCAGGUGCGGGACGAGCAGUGGUGGCGCGCGCUCACCUCCGGCUACGUCACGCAGUGGGCGGCGAUGCACCCACAGAAGGUGGACGCGCUCUUCUACGCGCACUCGCUCGGCGAGGUCCGCGCGCUGGCGCCGCUGCUGGAGCGGUUCCGCACCACCGCCGGGAGGAAGGCCUACCUCGUCGUCUCCGGCGGCGGCCACUGCCCCUGCGAGGAGGCGGCGGCGGUGCUCAAGUGGCCCAAGGUUGUGUGCAAGGAGAGGCGCUUCAAGAUCUUCGACCUCGCCGUCGGCGCGCUCUCCGGCCCCUCCCACUCCGACGUGCCCGUCCUCCACGCCGUCUACUCCAGCAUGCGCGGCAUCGUCCGCAUGCACAACCCGAGCGUCAUCGUCGCCGUCGCCGACGUCGACUCCAAGAUCAAGGACGCCCUCCGCAUGGCCGCCGACGCCGCCGUCAACCGCACCGCCCUCGUCCUCCUCCCCCGCAACUCCAUCUCCAAGGUUCUCUGGAUGGCCAACCUCCGCCCCACCUCACUGCCCAACUGGAACAGGAUGCGGAUCUCGGUGAACAUCAUCACGCAGAACCGGGCCAAGUCGCUGCGGCGGCUGCUGGCGUCGCUGCGGGACGCCUACUACGUCGGCGACGAGGUGCCGAUCAGCUUCAACAUGGACAGCCGCGUGGACGCGGCGACGCUGAACGUCGUCAACGCCUUCGACUGGCCGCACGGCGGCAAGACGCUGCGGCGGAGGAUCAUCCAGGGCGGGCUGAUCCGCGCCGUGAGCGAGAGCUGGUACCCGGCGACCGACGACGACUACGGCCUCCUCCUCGAGGACGACAUCGAGGUCUCCCCCUACUACUACCUCUGGAUCAAGUACGCCCUCCUCGCCUACCGCUACGACCCCCAGGUCUCUCUCCCUGAGCUCUCCUCCAUCUCCCUCUACACGCCGCGCCUCGUCGAGGUCGUCAAGGAGCGGCCGCGCUGGAACGCCACCGCGUUCUUCGGCCGCAGCAAGAACCACCACCCCAACACCCCCUAUCUUCACCAGCUUCCCUGCAGCUGGGGCGCCGUCUUCUUCCCCAAGCACUGGCGCGAGUUCUACGCGUACAUGGCGGCGAGGUUCACCGAGGAUGCCAAGCAGAAUCCAGUUCAGAUACCUCGGUCCCGCACCAAUGGCUGGCAGGCGUCUUGGAAGAAGUUCCUCAUCGACAUGAUGUACCUGCGUGGCUACGUCGCGCUCUACCCGAACUUCCCCGACCAGAGCAGCUUCUCCACCAACCACAUGGAGCCCGGCGCGCACAUCAGCGCCAAGGGCAACGUCGUCAAGCACGACAAGAGGGACUUCGAGGUGCCGCUCGUCGCCGACGACUUCUCGCCGCUGCUCCCCGCCGGGAGGAUGCCGCCGGCGUCCAAGCUCCCCGUGCUCAACCUCUUCAACCAGCCGGUCUCCUUCAAGGCGCUCAAGGCCGCCGGCGCCAAGCUCCGCCAGGACGUCAUCGGCUGCGCCGCCACGCAGCUCGUCGCCGUCGACCACGUCACCGGCCUCCCAAAGAACUGCACCGCCUUCUGAUCCCAAGAAAUUGAAAUUGCAUAUAUAUAUUUUGCAUUGAAUUUCUUCGAUGCAUGAACACGUUAUAAACGAUCUGAUGACCCAUACGUUGUUUUACCAUUCGUGAUUUUUAUUCUUUUGCUCACGAUCUCUACACUGUAUUUAGCUGUGGUUUACAUGUCUCGUUUAUUUCGGUUUUCUUUGUAUCAUUUAGCAGUGAAACUGAAGGGAGUUGCAGAGCAUUUUCGCGCUCUGUACGAUGGUCUGUAAAGGGCUAAAGAUGUAGCCAAAAGUGGCUUCUCUUUGUUAUUGUUCUUGAUUUUCACCAUAGAUUCAUCAUUCAUGGAAAGUACGCUGCUACCUCAAUAAGAACUGUUCUAGUUGUAUAGUCUUCAA